AUGGGUCUAAUUGGAUAUGCUAUUGGUAAGGAUCCAAAUAAUAAUACAAAACUUCUAACUAAUGGUCAAUCAAGACAAGCUAGAUUUUUCCCAUUUUAUACAAUUGGAAGAUUUUCAAAUGAUCUUUGCAUUGGAAAAAAUUUAAUGUCUGGAACUUGUGUUAUUAAAGGAGAAUGCUCUGAUAAUGGAGGUGUUGCUACAGGAAGUUGCAGUACUAUAACAAAACAGGCUGUAUGUUGUGUUUAUCAACAGUCUUGUGGUACAACAACAGCUUUUAAUAACACAUAUUUUUAUAAUAGAGGUUAUCCAGGAACUUUUCCAGGUGGAUCAAGUUGCACAUUAAUUGUUGAACCGUGUGAUUCUGGUAUAUGUCAAUUAAGAAUUGAUUUCUUAGCAUUUUCUCUGGCACCACCAAAUGGAGAUGGAACUUGUAAUAUUGAUUAUUUUUCAGUAAAUGGUGGAUCAUCAAGAGUACCUCGAAUAUGUGGUGAAAAUUCUGGUUCACAUGUUUAUGUUAAUUUUAAUGGUGAAAACCCAAUUACAUUAUCAAUUUUAACAACAGCAUCAUUUACAUUUAAUCGUCAAUGGCAAAUGCAAGUAUCACAAAUUUCGUGUAAUUCACCAAAUUUGGCACCGUCCGGUUGUUUACAGUAUUAUUUUGAUACAUCUGGUACAGUACAAAGUUUUAAUUAUGGUUCAGCUGCCAGUUCAGCUUUAAAUUCUAUAGGUUUACCGGGAACAAGACAAAUAGCAAAUCAACAAUAUGGAAUUUGUAUUCGAAUGGGUUCAAAUCAAUGUUCAAUAACUUGGAGUCAAUUAAGUUCAGAUCCAUAUUCAUUUACUGUUACUGGUGACGUUGGUGCUCUUGAUCCAACUUUAAUUGGUACAUCAGCAGUACAAUCACAAGAUUGUACAACUGAUUAUGUUAUAAUACCAUAUCCUACACAAAAUAAUGCAAGACUUCCAAGUGAUCGAUUUUGUGGUUUAGGUUUGGGAGAUACAACAAGUAAUAUUAAACCAUUUGUUUUAUAUGUAGUUACAGAUUCGAAUGAAGAUUAUGAUAUAUCAAAUAGAGGUUUUGCAUUAUCGUAUUCACAAAAUACAUGUCCAAUUUCUUAA